CCCGAGGGCUCAGAGCGGCCGGCGGGGAUGGAGGGAGCAGCACCGGCUGUGUCCGGGGGAGCGCUGCCCGGUCCCUCUCCCCUCCUGUAGCGCACAGGGACCCCCCGAGCCCGGCCAGGCCCUGCCCCUGCAGCGCUCGAUCCCCCCGGGACUCGUCCCAGCGCGAUGGGGAAGCAGAACAGCAAACUGCGCCCGGAGAUGCUGCAGGACCUGCGGGAAAACACCGAGUUCUCGGACCUGGAGCUGCAGGGCUGGUACAAGGGUUUCCUGAAGGACUGUCCCUCGGGCAUGCUGGACGUGGAGGAGUUCAAGAAGAUCUACGCCAACUUCUUCCCCUACGGCGACGCCUCCAAGUUCGCCGAGCACGUUUUCCGCACCUUCGACACCAACGGCGACGGCACCAUCGACUUCAGGGAGUUCAUCAUCGCCCUGAGCGUCACCUCCCGCGGGAAACUGGAGCAGAAGCUCAUGUGGGCCUUCAGCAUGUACGACCUGGACGGCAACGGCUACAUCAGCCGGGAGGAGAUGCUGGAGAUCGUGCAGGCCAUCUACAAAAUGGUCUCCUCUGUGAUGAACAUGCCCGAGGACGAAUCCACGCCGGAGAAAAGGACGGACAAAAUCUUCCGACAGAUGGAUACUAAUAACGACGGGAAGCUCUCGCUGGAGGAGUUCAUCCGAGGGGCCAAGAGCGACCCGUCCAUCGUGCGCCUGCUGCAGUGCGACCCCAGCGGGGCCAUGCAGUUCUGAGCCCCUCGGACCCCCAGAGCCCCCCACCCUGC